AUUUAUUAUUUAAAUUUUUAUAUUCGUAAAUAAACAUUAAAGAUUAGUGCAAUAUUCUUUAGCAGUAGUGCAAUAUUCUUUAUUCGACAGCAGUCUUUCAAAAAGAGCGACUUUUUUCACGUAAGUUAUAAAAAUGAUAAAGCAAAUUCAAAGAACUUUUAAAUUACAUAUGAAUUAAAACCACAAUAUUUUCAUAUUAGAUAACUUUAUUCUAUUUUAAUAGGUCCAAUCAUUGCGCGACAUUCGUAUGUCUGUUACGCGAUCGGAACGAUCAAAACAAGGACAAUUGCGUGAGAAUAAAAGAUAACAAAUGGAUAGCAGACGUAGCCCUAUAACGGAUAUUGCUGUCUUGCAUAACAUUAAAGACAGCAUUUUCUUGUGUCUCUCAUUUACGUUCAUGGUUGGUUGCAUGGGCGCAGCCAGAAUUUUUCAAUUGCAUUAUACAUAUAGCUGCAAAUCAAAUUGUGCAUGUUACUAAAAAAACAUGAAAUCGAUUUACGUGAAGAGAAGAUGCGUUGCAGUGGCAAUUCGUUAACAUUGAUCAAAGAGAUAAUAAUUCUUAAUAAUGAGAAUUCUUGUUACAAUAAAUUUCAGCUAAUUAUAUUGCUAAUACAUUGCUAAUUUUAGCUACAGAGUUUUACUGUCGGCAAUUCUCUGCGAAAAAGAAAUUGUAAUGUGUAAAAACUUUGUAGUUUUACUUAUUUUAGGAAGAAAUUUUUAUCUUCUAUGUUCUACGCCAUGGAACGGUCGCAUUUAUUCAAGAAAUCAUCUUUUGUUACUGAAUACCGAACAAUUGCACUCGCGACAGACAUUAAAAGCAAGUGUGUCUGUUAUCAUUGCAUUCAUCGGGAUCUCUUAAUAAAAACUGAAUAAGCCAUGGUCAAUGCGAACAUUACGUUAAUUAUACGAAUUAAUUAUACGAAUAUUGGAGAUAAAACGACAUGAUGAAAUAACGCGUUUAAAUUCAUAUGUGUAAUGAAUUAAAAGGAUCGAAAGUAAAUCUCUGUAUGCAAUAAUAAUACGGCGAUCAAUCUUAUAUUACAAAUUUGAGAAAGUUUAUCAAGCAUCUUUAUAUUUCAUUGUUUCUCAAGUUUCUCAAGUUGCGUAGAUCGCAAUUUAUACAUUCAUCAUACAUAGACAGAUCGUUUACCAAUACAUCCUUCGAUCUUCGAACAACUUUCUGGCCAAUUUUAGGCCGAAACGUGCUCACUAAGGAACAUUCUCUGUCAUGUACGUAUGUACCUAUUAAAGUUCACCACCAUUCUCACUCGAACUUCAAGAUUGCUUUAGAAAACAUAGUUGUCGCGCAGAAGUACGCGUGCCCUUCCGAGGGGUUGGUCACUGAGGUAAUCUUUGUACAAGGGCUAGGUAAUUCUUAGGGUAGUCUCAGAUAAUCUGAGGUAAUCUAAGGUAAUCGUGAUACCAUGCGCGAUAUAUAUUCAGUAUAUCUAACCGCCGAGAGACAACCAAAUAUCGGAAACGCAACCUUUCAUGUGUUUUCGGGUCUAUAUGUCCGCCGAGCUGCCUGCUCUGUGCUUGAUUCUUUUGCUCUGUGCUAGUUUAUUAUUUCUUUCUGGUUUUAUUAUCGAAAUCGAUCAAAAUGGAAAAUUCUGAACAAUCAUCGAGGGAACUACCGGCUGAAAUCAAUACGGAAAAUACGGCAUUGAUGAAUUUUGACAGUAAAUUGAAACUUUUGCCAAGUUAUGUGAUCGAACUGUUGUAGUAUUAGGUAAUCUUAAGGAAUCUGAGGUAAUUUAAAGGUAAUCCGUAUCAAGGGUAAUUUUUGUACACUAUAACCGCUAGUGACCAACCCCUCGUGCCCUUCUUUUUCCUUUCCCUUGUCCGGGGAUCGAAGAAUUGCGUAUCGCAAAUAAAUUAUAGAUGACGUACGUACCGAUCCUCAUACGUCCGAGUAUAAUAAGGAUGGAUUGACGUAGCGAUCGCGCGGAGAAGGGAUGACCGGCCCCCCAGCAUCGUUUCCUAUAUAAGACGAGAACCACCCGGCGCGGUCCACGAGUGAAUAGCUUAUAUUACACCGUAACACCGAAAACUUUGAUUCGUAUCACGCGUCAGUGUGCCACGAACAUUAAAACCAUCGAUCAAGUGGAAUCGAUAUUGGAUUCGUGAUCAGCGAUUUCUUUUCGCGGGAGAGCAAGCCUCUCCUAUCUUGUUUUUCUUAUUCGUCUUAUUUUAUUCGUCCUGACGACCGUCAACUUCUCUGGGACAAACCUCGUUGUCCGAUUCGCUUUGAUCGUGCAUCGUCGCGAUCUGACUUGCUCCUUCAACCGGCGAUCAUGAAGAUCCUACCGCGAGCGGACACCUACGUGAAUAUCGAGCUGCCGGCAACCGCGCCGACAGUGAAAUGCACGUUCUCUCAGAUAUUGGCUGCGUUAUCGGUGUCACUGUGCUCGUUGAUGGUCGGUUAUUCGUCUUCUUAUACAUCACCAGCGCUGGUAUCCAUGCGCGCCAAUGAUUCCUCCAAUUUUGAAGUUACUAAGCAAAUGGGUAUGUGGAUUGGGUCACUUAUGCCGUUGAACGCACUUAUCGGUGGUAUCAUUGGAGGACCGUGCAUUGAAUAUAUAGGAAGAAGAAACACGAUAAUCGCCACGGCGUUCCCAUUCAUUGCAUCGUGGUUUUUUAUAUCACUGGCUGAGAAUGUUGCGAUGGUGCUAGUUGGACGUGCUCUAUGUGGACUCGGUGUGGGUGUUGCUUCCCUGGCGCUGCCCGUAUACUUAGGCGAAACAAUACAACCAGAAGUGCGUGGCACUCUUGGUUUAAUGCCCACUGUGUUCGGUAAUAUCGGAAUAUUAUUGUGCUUCACCGCGGGCAUGUAUCUGGACUGGAGAAAUCUGGCGAUGCUGGGUGCGUGUUUGCCGAUAGCGUACUUGGUUCUUAUGUUCAUGAUCCCGGAGACGCCCAGGUGGUACAUCUCGAAAGGAAAGACGAAGCAGUCGCGAGAGGCUCUUCAAUGGCUGCGCGGUAAAAAUACGGAUAUAACUGAGGAAAUGACAAUAACUGAGAAACUGUUCAUGGAGAGCGAACAAGAGGCUACUCAAGGCACUAUCUCAGAGUUGUUCAAGCGCAAACAUCUCAAACCACUGCUCAUCUCUCUAGGGUUGAUGUUGUUCCAACAAAUGUCUGGCAUCAACGCAGUGAUAUUCUACACAGUGCAAAUCUUCCAGGAUGCCGGCAGCACGAUCGACGAAAAUCUGUCGACCAUAAUUAUUGGUUUCGUGAACUUCAUAUCCACCUUCAUCGCCGCAGGCGUGAUCGACAGGCUGGGCAGGAAGCUGCUAUUGUACAUAAGCAGCGUGCUAAUGGUCCUGACUCUUCUGUCCCUCGGCGCGUUCUUCUAUGUGCAGUCACUAGACGUAGACGUAACAGCCUUCGGCUGGUUACCAUUGGUCAGCUUGAUCGUGUACGUGAUAGGUUUCUCGCUAGGCUUCGGACCCAUUCCCUGGUUGAUGAUGGGCGAGAUCCUGCCGGCUAAAAUCCGUGGCGUGGCCGCAAGCAUUGCCACCGGCUUCAACUGGACGUGUACGUUCAUCGUGACGAAGACCUUCCAGGAUGUUAUCAAUCUAAUGGGCGCGCAUGGUGCUUUCUGGUCGUUCGGUGCUAUUGUCGCAGUGGGUCUCGUCUUCGUCAUCAUCAGCGUGCCAGAAACUCGCGGUAGAUCGCUCGAAGAGAUCGAGAAGAGGUUUACGGGGCCGACCAGAAGAAUGAGCGCGAUUGCCAACAUGAAGCCAAUGCCAACGGCGUGCUAGCUCGCGAACGUCCGAUUGCGGAUCUGAUCGACGUGGAAGCUCGCUCGAGCAAGAAAUAGGACUCCUUACGGUGUCGUUCUGAGAGGAAAGCUUCCAUGCAGAUACGCUUCACGUUUUAAGAGAAAGUUGGGUUCGAAGAUCAGAUUUUUCUCUUUUGGGACGUAAGGACGAGGCGUAUCUAUUGUAUCCCUCUCUUGCUUGUGCUCUUCCUAUCUUACUCUUACUUUUGAAAUAUUCAUUUUUGCGAAGUUUGCUUAGCCCGAGAGGCAAGAGCGAAGUAACGGAUGACAAGUGGAAUCGAUCUGAGUAAUGUAAUACGAGAACAAAUGGACAAAAGCAUUUUUCAUAAGACUCGUAUUUCUUUUAGUUAGAUCUUAGAUUGAAAAGGUAACUGAAUAAAGAGAACAUUCCUAUCUAUUUAUUAAUUGAAAAAUUUGGAGAAAAAUUUUACAAUUUUUUAUGAGAAAAUACACUUCAGGAAAGUUAACUAAGAUACAAUUUUACGAUUGACCUUUUAAGUCAAGAAUCGAACAAAACUCGAUAGAGAAACAUAUUGACUUUGUUCAUUUAUUUCUUCAGUUGCCUCCACGAAAUGUGACUAUUAUAUGUGGCGGAUUUAUGCUUCGAUUCUAAUCAUAUCUAACACGUGGAUCAAUGUUAACAACAGUGCCAACCUUGUCAGGUGUGCGCAUUGCGAGACCGGAGGUUUGAUCUUAUAUAUGACUUUUAAAGCUAAUUAAUUAAUUUGUGAGAGAAGGACGCGUUUGCGCUUCUCCGUCGGGGAAGUGGCACAAUAUGCGACUAUCAGCUGUUGACUAGGUUUAUAGUUGCGAUUGUUUUUUAUUACUCGUCCUACAGGGUCUACCUCAAGUAUCACGCAUCGUCGGAAAACGAAUACACGUGCGUAAGUCUGUGUGAAUCGUGCGUUUUACUUCUCUUCGAGGUCCGCGCAAAGCAACGCGAAACCACGAUUUUGUAUAGAAUUCUGACGCGUAAACGACGUAUUGUUAAGUCUUACAGACACGCUAUUGUUCGCAUGAGCACUGCGCUGUCGUAUUUUUACCAAUAUGACUAGCUUUUAUCGGAAAUGUGGAAUACGAGAGAAGCGUAGGUUUCAGUCUGGUAACGCGGGAGGAUAAAAUGAAAAAACUUGCGCUGUUUACUGAUGAGAACCGUAUCCAUGCUCUGCUUUAUCGAAGAAAAAAACGCAGAAUAGAUAAAGCUACUUUUUUUACAAUCCGGUUGUAUAUAAGAAAGACUAUCUUUGACGCGAGCGCGAUGCUCAUGAAUUAAUCGUAAACCUGAAAUUUGUACUUGCACUUCGAACUUGACGAAAGCAGUAAUACGUAAUACGUACUUACAUGUUAUAUAUAAUGAGGCCAAAAGAAACCGAUCAUUCUCGAACGGGAGCGAACUCCCGCGCGACAAUAACUUAAAUCAGUCGCAUUCCUAUGCGUUUCCCCUUCAAGAGCAACUGAUUGUAAAUACUAGGUUGACUGGAAAGUAUUAAUUCUUAAUAGUUUAAAAUUCGCUAAAAAAAUCUGCACGGGAAACAUUAAUUCUUAAUUCAAAAUUUUGCCUUUGAGGUUUGCUAAAAAGAUCCGCUUUCCGGUCAACCCAAUGACUGUAUCGUGGAACGUAUUCAUAUCCCUAAAAAAAUCAUCGUUGACUUCAAUCGCGAUUGAGCGAUUAUUUCUUCACUACUUAUUUCUCGUUUAAAACGCAAAAUUUAGAAAGAGAGACGCAAUUGUACAGCGAUUUAAGUUAAUCAAUAUUGUAGGAAUUGGUUACAAAUGAGAUAAUGCGAUUCUCAGCUCAUGAUCAUGUAUUAUCGUAAUCUUCAUGUUAAAUGAAUGAUAUUUUAAUCGUACGAUUAUAUAGCUGUGAACGAGUGUCGUUGACGCUGAGAACUUUACUCGUAAUGUCAGAUUUGAUUCUCGUCAGAAUCGCAAUUCUUCGUAGUGGCUUUUUCUAAGUAAAUUUUUCCCCUUCAUAGAGAAUCACCUUUCCGCGGUGGAAAGGCCCAGUUGGCUGUCAAGAAUUUUCCAUCUAUUUUUCAGGCCUACUAUCAGUGUAUUAAUGUUGCAAGUGAACGUAUACCCAUUUCCUUCGAGAUACACUCCUACUAUUAUCGAUAACAUUGAUACAUGGGAUGUGAAUAUGAUUCUAAACGUAUAUAUACGUAUCAAACGAUAAUGUAUAAUAACGUUAACAGAUACGCGUGACAUAUAUACAUAUAUAUAUAUGUAAUUUAUAUUUUUUUAUUCUCCAAAGUAGAGAAAGUACAAUCGUAGCCGAGAUAACAAUCUCAAGAAAUUAACGUAAGAGUAAACCUCAAGAUAUAAGAUGUAAGGAGAUUUGAAACUCGUCAAAUCGUCUGUAUAUUUGAAAGUUAGGAUAAAGUUAUGCCAAUACUUGAGUGUCCCCGGUCAAAUAAUUCAAUUGCGGAGAUAAUCCACUAGCAAAUUUUGUUAGAAAUAUUAAUAGAAAUCAGAUUAUCUAAAUAUAUAUUAAUAAAUAUUUAUAUAUAUAUUUAUACAUAUAUUUUUUGUCGAUUUAUUGUUUAAUUGUGAGGAAAAAGAAUUUGUAAUGAGAUGCAUAUUAAAGUAUUACAAAACUCGAUAAAAAGUUUAAGAAAAGUUGACGUUAAAUUAAUUAGAUAUAUUUUGAAGAGUUUUAAACACUAAAAUAAGAGACAAAUUUUAAGAAAUUUUAUUCUACAAAAUAUAUAUUUUUAAUAAUAGAUAACUUCUUAUAAUGACCUUUCACUGGCAAGUGAAUGGUCAUUAUAAGAAGUUAUCUAUUAUUAAUAUUAUUACCUGGCGGAACAACAAAGUUUUGAAUAUUCAUAUAUUUUUAAUAUUAUAGUUAAGACAUUUAAAAAAUUAUAUCCAGUGCAUUUUGCUUUAUUCCAAUUUAAUUUGUUCGAUCGGGUGCAUUCACAAUGUGUUAGUAUAGUGAAAACUCACCAUAUCAUAAUUAAUAAUUGAUAAAACUUGAUAAGAAAGAGUUAAAGAGUCUAAUGUUAUAAGUAUUUGUUUUUAUAAGAUAAUCAGAAUGUGCACACCCAGUUGUUGCCUACUCGAAUCGAAGACAAAGAAUUCCAUUAGUAGCGAAUCUCAUUAGGCAUAGAUAGAAAUGUAAAAAUAAUAAUACGUGCAUACUGUAGGACAUAGUUUUGCUCGCAUGUUAAAUAGCGUUAUGAUAACAAAUAUUGUUUACAGUGCGCGAAGUCUCAUUUUAGAAUUGUAAAAAUGUCAUUCGAACAAAACGUCAUUCCCGUUGUACAAUUUAAUGUAUGAUUCGAUCUAAUAUCCGACCUAAUAUCGUAUAAAGCAAUAAAUAUUGCAUUGCCUUGUUUUAUAUAAAAAUUAGCUACGUUAUUGCUGUUCUUCCUUCAAAAUUGUACGACGAUCAAUCAUUGCAUUUUUUGUUUCUCAAUUUUCUUUACUUAUUGUUGUGCUAUACAUAGGUGAUAAUUCCCUGCCGCUUAUUUAUAAGAUAUAUUUGCCAAAGCACAAUGGAAAUGGCAGAAUAUUUUUGAUAAUUUAAUACUCAUGUUGAGUUUUUACAUGUAAUUUGUAAGUUAUUAUGUGGUAAUUUUAAGAUUAUCAAUAUAAAUAAAAUGAUAUCUUUAUGUUAAA